UUUCUUCCGUUCCGAUAUAAAUAUCUUGUGCAGACGUACGCCAGUUAAAAUUCAAAAAUAGGAAAGGUAGACGUUCAUUAAUUUUUUUUAGAAAGAAAACUAUAGAGAAACUCGCGUGCGUGCGCUCCUAUAAAUAACAGCGACCGAAACUACUGUGAUUGAUGGUAGGCAUAAGUUUGGCGUAAUUGAUUGAAUACGGGCGGAGAUUGCGCAAAUACGAAAAAGAAAUAUUAAUAACGAAGUAAUUUCUGGUAUAACACUUCGAACGGGCACACGCGUUGAAAAUGUAGAAGCAGAUGUGCGGCUUUCAUCUCGUCAGUGGGCGUCGCGACGCUGCAGCAACGACGGCGUUGAGCACCGCGACGAUGGUGUUCUCCAGCAAAUUACCUCACAAAUAAAAUUAUGCUAACCAGACGCACAACACUUUUUUUGUAAUGGCCAUUCAAAUUUUGGACGAAGAUCAUUUUGCCAUUAGCGCAAUUGUUACCGUAUCAAUGCAGCUGACAUUCUUUUUGAUAGCAGCCACAUUUCAAUUAGAUAAGUUAACCGAUUUCGCUGGCGGAAUUAAUUUUAUCACUCUGGCGCUGCUCACAUUCUUUCUAGGACAAGGCGGAAAGAAAUCGUAUGAUAGUCGGCAACUCAUGGUUACUGUUUGCGUAUGCCUUUGGGGCGCAAGACUAUCCGGCUACCUUCUGUACCGAAUAUUAAAAAUUGGGAGAGAUAAACAGUUUGAUGAUAGACGAAGUAACAUAAUACGUUUUGCAAUUUUCUGGACGUUUCAGGCAGUUUGGGUGUACGUGGUAAGUUUACCGGUGAUAAUCAUCAACUCACCGCGCCAUGCAAUUCCACUGGCACCUCGCACGAUGACCACUCUGGAUUCGACCGGUACAGGUCUUUUUGUGAUUGGACUUUUGGCAGAAACGUACGCCGACUUGCAAAAAUUCUCCUUCAAGCAGGAUCCUCACAACCAAGGCAAAUGGUGCAAUGACGGUUUAUGGAGAUUGUCCAGGCACCCCAAUUAUUUCGGCGAAAUUCUUCUGUGGUGGGGAAUUUUCGUAAUAUCCUUAAACGUCUUGGAUGGAAUCGAAUGGAUCGCCAUAAUGUCUCCUAUUUUUACAACCUUCAUUAUACUAUUCCUGUCCGGAAUUCCAUUGCUCGAGCGGUCUUCCGACGAUAAAUACGGAGACGAUUCGGAGUAUCGAUACUACAAAGCUUCGACCUCUCCGCUUAUUCCUAUACCGCCCGCAAUUUAUGUGGAGGUACCACAAUUUUUGAAAUUCAUACUCUGUUGCGAAUAUCCGAUUUACGAUUCGGUCGACCUGCGAGGGAAAAGGGUGAAGGGGAUAAGCGAGUCAAUUAGUGCAUCCUUAGGACCGGCGCAAACCUAGCCGUGCUCAUCACACGGUUAGCAGUUUACGACCGACCUUUGUACUUCCAAUUACGUUGUUACUUUAAGAGAACAUAUGUCCUUUAAAGAAACGAAAGACGUACCGAAAGUUGAUGUUUUAGAUCUACAGGAAACCACCAAUGAUAUAUUCUGUGUGUCAAAUGAAUUAAUCAUCUAAGAACCUAUAGUUGAGUUUUCUACUUAGAGCCAAACCGUUUUCGAAACAGGAGCAAAAGUCAGAAAUAGGUAUUAUAGUUCUUUUGCAACAUUUGAAGAUUUGUUAAAUGUUAAAGUGGAAGGAGAAAAUUACAUGAAUGCAAGAUGCCAAGCAUCACUCAAAAGCCUUCCUUCCUUUACUCUUCACAUUCUCCUAAAGAUAUACUUUAGAUUUUAGGCGUUUUUGUUAUUAAUCUUAUUCUAUCGAGAGCCCAACUGAAUGACCAACUUUUUCACUGAAAGAACCUACUCCUCUUUGUGUCUUUGUGUAUCUUGCACGACUAUAAUUAUGUCAGCAUUUUCGCAGAUAUUUGAAACUCUUUUGAGUAACUUACACCGUUUCUCUUGGAAACAUGGCUUCUAAAGCUACAACAAUUAUAAUGACGGUGUUCUUCCAGUUUUUUGUGUGUUAUUCAGUUUAUCUUUUCUCAAAAAUAUGUAAACGAGCAUAUCCGUUCGCAACUAUUGUCUGUGAUUGAAAUUUAAACAGGAGAGCACGCUCAAUUGAAUAGUGGAUUUGUUAACUCUCUCAAAUGUGACAUCAACACACCAACCAAAACUAUUAGUGCAAGUAUUUCAUGUGUUCAAAUUGAAAUGAAUCAGUAAAGUAACCCUACGUGCCAUGGGAGCUAAUCGCGAAAAAUUAGUUUAUAAGUAUAAUGUUAUUAUGGCGCAUUAGAAACACUUAUUGGGUAACAUUUAACUGAACUAUGUUAUAAGAAUAUAUGAUUGUGAUUAAAAGCAGUAAUAUGACAA